AUGAGAGAAAAAUAUUUUUUAAUGUGAGCAUUUUUUAUGAAAAAUAUUUUGAUAUAUAAUUGAUAUAAUCAGUUGCAUAUGUUUCUUAAUGUGCAAGACAUGUGGGAAAUUUCCCCACAUGUCAAAAAAAAAUCAUAUGUGAAGUCUUACAUAAAUGCAGGCAACACAUGUGGAAUAUCUUCUGACAUGUGGGGAAAUUUCCCACAUGUCUUGCACAUUAAGAAAUAUAUGCAACAGAUAAUAAUUAUUAUAGUGAAAUCUUUAGCUAAUUCUGUUUAA